AUGUUCUCUACUCCGCCUGCAUCCCCUGGACCGACGAUCUGUUCUGACGGUGCGAUUCGAAGAAGACCACCAACACCUCCUCCGUCCAAUGCAAGUUCGGUCGACCAAAUAGCAACCUCUCAAGAGCCUGGAAUUAAUCCAGAUAUGAACUAUCGCACAUUGGUCACUGAUUGGCUCGACCGCCUCGAGCCCGAACCCCGCGACGAAAACUUGCAGGGUGAAGAAGACCCACAGCACGGCGAAUACCUACUUCCUCAGCUUUUGUUCAAGGCAUGCGAACUUGCCAGCCUGAUCUUCUCAUACGAGGGCGGACAAAGUGACUUUCUUUGGGUUCUUCAGGGUGGGUGGCCACCAAAUGACUUUAUCGAAGUACAGUCUGACGUCUCACUUUGUGCGCAUCUUUCCAACGUCGCUGGUGGGCCAAAAUGCUUUGUCCCGCAUCCCGACCUCGGAGACGAGGAGCUAUUAUUGAUGAGGACUGCUUGGGAAAGUAGCUAUUUUGACACCGACUUCUACUUAUAUAUCGUCCACAACAUUGCUCACAAUGCCUUCGAGUUCUUGCACUCCGUAUAA